AUAUUGCAUUACGUAAAUCGUUCUCUGUCCUCUAUAUUCGUUUAUAUCUGUCUCGGUUGGUCACGGUCGACGACGAGUCGUUCUUGAACGUAUCGACGCGGAUGAGUUAUUCCUCAAGCGACAUGGAUGGAACAAGGCCGAGGGUCAUAGAGUCUUUGGUUUCCUUCAUUGAUUUUCAUGUUUUUCUUGACCAAGAUUAUGUACUAAUAUUGAAUUAAAUUAAUACCUUCCCAGCAAUUAAUCUCGGAGGUUGCGCAAGACAGGGUCAGAAGGGCACCGGUCUGCGCCGGUUCUGUUAGCUCGAUUGGUCGUCGCGACUCUUUCAAACUUUUUAUCUUAAAUAAAGGAUAAGCGUUGUCCUUGCUGGAAUACAACCGCUGCGCAGAUGAGUCCGCUAGCACGACACGCCAUUCCGACUUUAGGUCGACCGUCGUUCGCUUGUCUCGCUCGCGGGUUUCGAACGUCUAUACAAAACAUGGUUAUUUCGGUAGGAGAUAAGGUUCCUGCUGUCGAUUUGUACGAAGAUACUCCGGCUAACAAAGUCAAUCUCCACCAGCUGUCGCAAGGAAAGAAAAUUAUUGUCUUCGCAGUGCCUGGUGCCUUCACGCCAGGCUGUUCAAAGACUCAUCUGCCUGGGUAUGUGCAAAAAGCGGACGAACUUAAAUCCAAAGGAUAUGCGGAGAUCUGUUGCAUCGGUGUCAAUGAUCCUUUCGUUAUGGCAGCAUGGGGCAAACAACAAGGAGCCGAUGGAAAGGUACGCAUGUUAGCGGAUUCAGCAGCUGCGUUUACUUCAGCGGUUGAUCUCGGGGUGGACUUACCAGUGUUGGGUGGAAAGCGGAGCAAGCGUUACUCGAUGGUAAUCGAAAACGGAAUUGUAAAGCAACUGAACGUCGAACCAGAUGGUACUGGUCUGUCGUGCUCUUUGGCUGAUAACAUUAAACCUUAAGAUCGUAAUGUACAAAUCUGCUGGUUGUAAAACAUUAUUAACUAAGAUGUUUUUGGCAUUAGACUUAUCACUUGCGUGGUAUGUAGAUGUUCUACUGUUUUUGUGAAAUGUUAAUUAUCAUAUGAAUAUAUCAGAGUAGAGAGUGUUGCAGUUAAA